AUGCUGCUAAAUUUGAAUACGGGAAUCUUCCCCCUAAUUGGGAUAAGCUGGAGAAAACGUUUCAUACCACUGCUGUUCACCCCAUUUCACUUCCUGCGCCCACGCAAACAAAUGCAAAGGGUGGAUCGGUGUAGGACCAAAAAGCAGUACAAGAACAGACGACAUUUUAGAGGCUACUACUACAGGUGGAUGGGCUCCUACUAA